CAGUUGCAUUGCAGCGCGAGAUUUGCCGCCGUUUCUCUCAUAUUAUUGUGAUAUUUUCUAUUUUGGCGCCUUAGAUGCAAUCUAUUGUGACCUUUGCUUCGUGAGUUUCGUGACACGUAGCACAUACUCAAAUACCACAGGUUACAUAGUUGAAUAUAUCUGUUAUCCAAGUUCAAAAAAGCCGACUUUACAACUAAUUCAAAACAUAAUGUCUCAAAUGAAAUCAGUGGGCUCCGCUGCUCGUUUGGCGGGCUCUCGGCCCUUCAGAGUGUCCAUCGAAGGCAACAUUGGCUCGGGGAAGUCGACUUGUAUUAAGUUCUUCCAGAAAUAUAGCAACGUUGAGGCACAUCCGGAACCCUUGGAUGAAUGGAGGAAUGUUGGUGGGCAUAACCUUUUGGGACUUCUGUAUGGGAAUGUGCACAAAUGGACCUUCCCAUUCCAACACUAUGUGCACUUGAGCCGUCUCAAGAUACAGAUCAGCCCACCCUCUCACCCCGGGAUCACUGUCAAGAUGUUUGAGAGGUCAGUACAGAACAGCCGGCACUGCUUCGUAGAGAACGCAAAAAAACAGAAUUACCUGGAAGACGCGGAGUACCAAGUCCUGAUGACCUGGUUUGAUUACACAGAGAAGAAUCUCGACAUCAGCCUGGACCUUAUAGUGUACCUGCGCACGACGCCGCAAGUAGUAUACGAGCGCAUGCUGAAGCGCGCGCGCGCAGAGGAGGCCCAAGUACCCCUCGAAUACUUACAAGAGGUGCACGACUCGUACGAGAGCUGGUUGAGCUCGGGGUGUGUGGGUUGCGAGGUGCUGACGGUGGACGCGGACCGCGACCUCCAGCAGGUCGUGGAGGACCUCGAGCGCUACUCCUACAAGAUCACAGGAGGGAACCACACCAACUGACACCGGAAACUUCAGAGUUUCCAGUUCCACCAGAAAUGUACGAGGAUACGUAGCGACGUGUUUCUUAAUAACCAAUAGAAUCUGUUUUAAUAACAAAACUUCCGUGAGGCCCUGACAUAUUAAAUAUAUUAAACCGGGUCACUCACGUUUGUACAGUCCAGCGGGCGCAGCACGGUCGAAUUUUUAUCGCUCGUCACCAUGCCUGUCACGUUCUAACGAGUAUUGCGAAAGUGAAGGGCAUAGUGACAGGCGAUAAAAAUGGAACCAUGCUGCGCCCGCCGCUCCUCGUUAUGGAGCGAAACGUGUCGAGCGAUCAUCGACUGUAUAAACGUAAGUGACCCGGUUUAAUAUAUUUAAUAAACCAAUAGAAUCAUUUAAUUUAAGAGCGCGGUUCUAGCGGUUCUUAUUCUUAACUACUACGCAUCUUAUCUUAUCUCUCUCUACGUAUUCUCGCACAUCUGAUGAAAACGCAGAUGAACAAGAAGUUCUGUGGAUGGCGCUUUGCUUGUGGUAGGUAACUUACAGAAUUGUCUCAUUUUUUAUAUCUCGUGUAGCGCCAUCGUCUGCAUUAGCUGUCAAGUUCAAGACACGCAUUAUUGUUAGAAUUU